CAGGUACUACAAUGCGUGUAUGGUUCGGUCUGUGCGCUACUUUUCUCAAUGUAUCUCGUUUUUGAUACGCAACUGUUAAUGGGCGACAAAUCGAACAGAAUAAGCGAAGAGGAGUAUAUAUACGCUGCCCUACAAUUGUACCUAGACAUGGUGCAGAUCUUCUUGGCCAUCUUACAAAUUGCCGGGGCUGUUAAGAACUAG